CAGUCCUUCACUCUGUCUGUCGUUCUAUUUAAUUUCCCCCUCCAAAUUCCCACCUCUGUCUCCUCUCCCUAACUACAGCAUCACAUGCACCCGCGAUCCCUACGAUCCCUUCCCAUGGUUUCUUCCCUGCACCCGCACCCGCACCCGCACCCUCGCCGCGCCUUCUAGAACCUUCUCUCAGAUCUCAAUUCCCCUUCCCCUUUUCACUUUCAUGGAAAUGACUUCGACUCCCCGCACAGUCGAAGAGAUCUUCAAGGACUACACCGCCCGCAGAACUGCCAUCGUUCGCGCUCUCUCUCAAGAUGUGGAUGAAUUCUACGGACUCUGCGAUCCAGAUAAGGAGAACUUGUGCCUCUAUGGACAUCCAAACGAAACAUGGGAGGUGACUUUGCCGGCAGAGGAAGUUCCACCAGAGCUUCCGGAGCCUGCACUCGGAAUCAAUUUUGCUAGGGAUGGCAUGAACCGCAGGGACUGGCUUUCUCUGGUUGCUGUGCACAGUGAUUCGUGGUUGCUCUCUGUGGCCUUCUAUCUUGGAGCUCGUCUUAACCGCAACGAAAGGAAACGUUUAUUUAGCUUGAUCAAUGAUCUUCCUACUGUUUUUGAAGUUGUGACAGAGAGGAAGCCAGUAAAGGACAAGCCCACUGCAGAUAGUGGAAGCAAGUCUAGGGGCAGCACCAAGAGAUCAAGUGAUGGGCAAGUUAAAAGCAACCCAAAAUUCGCAGAUGAAGGUUAUGAAGAGGAGGAUGAGCACAGUGAAACCCUUUGUGGUAGCUGCGGCGGAAACUACAAUGCCGAUGAAUUUUGGAUUGGCUGUGAUAUAUGUGAGAGGUGGUUCCAUGGGAAAUGUGUGAAGAUUACUCCUGCAAAAGCUGAAAGCAUAAAGCAAUACAAAUGUCCUUCGUGCAGCUUGAGGCGGGGCAGGCCCUAAGCCGAAGGCAAGAUGUGAAGUGAAUAAUGCUGUUUCAUGGCGGACAAGAUACUGUAAUAUUGUUAUAUCUCUUAUAAAAGUUCUUGUAAACGGUAUAGUAUCUAUGUCCGAUCAUAAUCUUUCAGAUUAAGCUAAUUUCUUCUACCAAGACUGAUCAUCAGUGCAUGUUAUAUAAUUUUAUAGAAUAGAAUUCUAUACAUUUUAUUUUUGUCGAUUAAUCUAUAUUUUGCUUGAAUUUAUCCGGUGUAUGUAUGGUUAUUUUACCUUGUGUCUGAAUUCUGAGAUACAAGGUAGCUGGUAAAAUACUGAGGUGAGAACUACCACCUUUCCCGGAU